AUGGCAGACCACUUCCGCGAGGAAGAGAACCUUCAAAAGGUCAUGUCAGCUGCAGAGGAGGUGGCUAUAUCCCCUCAUGAGUCACAAGACUCGGAGUCGCGGUGCGACUCCUCAGAUCAAGAAUCCGAAGUCACCCACGAGCCUAUCCAAGAACGCUAUGACAACCCAUCAUACUCUCGUUUCCGCCGGGUGGCUUCCAAAACGGUCGUCUCGUUCGGGCCAAAUGACCCCGAAAAUCCGGUGAAUUGGCGAAAGACAAGGAAGUUCCUGGUCCUCGGCUCAGGUGUCAUGCAGGUCAUGAACAGCACCAUCGGGUCGAGCAUCUGCAGUAACGCCAUCCCCGAGAUCGCGGCGGAGUUUGACAUUCACAAUGAACAAGCUCUUGUCCUACCGAUCUCGAUUUUCCUUAUCGGGUAUAUCCUGGGUCCCCUGCUCUGGGGUCCUAGCUCCGAGUACUUUGGGCGCAAGAAGCCCUUAUUGAUUGCCUAUACCGGGUUCACGAUCUUCACGCUGGCAUGUGCCGUAGCCGACUCGUAUGCCUCGCUGUUGGUUUUUCGAUUGAUGAACGGGAUGAUGGCGUCGGCACCAAUCGCCACUGUCGGUGGAUUAUUCGCCGAUAUCCACGACGAUCCGACGAAGCGAGGCCGCUUGAUGGCAUAUUUUAUGGCCUGCACAACCUUCGGGCCACUUAUCGGACCGUGGGUCUCUGGAUUCGUGGCCGUCGUGAGCUGGCGAUGGUGCUUCUGGAUUGGACUAAUCUUCUCCGGGGCUUUCCUGCCAUUGGUGAUCUGGAUGCCAGAGACGUAUGGCCCCGUCGUACUGAAGCAUCGUGCCAAAAAAUUGCGCAAAGACACAGGCAAUUCAAGCAUUAUUUCGCCUCUCGAGAUGGAAAGCCGCAAUCUUCGCCAGAAAUUCAUGACGACGAUUUCACGACCCUUCCGCAUGAUCAUCCACGAGUCGAUUGUCUCAUUGACAUCGCUGUAUCUUGCUCUUGCAUACGCAAUCUUCUACCUUUACUUCGAAGCGUACCCAAUUAUCUUUCAGGGUAUUUAUGGCAUGAAUGCUGGCGUCUCGGGUCUAAUGUUUCUGCCUAUCGGCAUUGGUGCGAUCCUUGCAUGUUUUGUCUUUCUGUGGUAUGACGGAUAUCUCGCCCGCGCCAAGGCCCGCAAUGCUAGCUGGGCAUUCAUCGAAGAAUAUCGACGCCUUCCUCUUGCCUGCCUUGGAGGGCCGCUUUAUGUUGUUUCCCUAUUCUGGGUCGGAUGGACAGCUUCUGAAAAUAUCCACUGGGUUGUUCCUUUCCUGUCGGGUAUUCCAUUCGGAGCAGGCUACCUGCUCAUUUUCAUGGCCAUGCUCAACUACCUCACCGAUGCCUAUGAGACCUUGUCUGCGAGUGCCCAGUCAGCCGCCAGCUGUACCCGAAGCAUCUUCGGCGCCGUACUUCCCCUUGCUGCGAAGCCCAUGUUCAAUCGACUGGGUGUGCACUGGGCAUGCAGCCUCAUCGCUUUCCUGAGUCUUGGUGUCUCCGUAAUUCCAUUCGCCUUCAUCCGCUAUGGCGAUCGCAUCAGAGGCAACAGCAAGUUCUGCCAGGAGUUGAAGCGUAUAAAAGAGGCAGAGAGACUAGAGCUGGAGAGAGAAGAGCGCGGCGAGCAGCCAAACACCCUCGAGCCUGUCCAGUCGACCGCUACUGGACAUCUUUCCAGGAUUGAGACUGCUCGCAGCCAUGCCGAGAAGGCUUCCAUCAUCUGUGGCUGA